GAGCCAUUUCUCUGCGGGGAUUGGUGAGGUCGUGCGGCCCGGACCCAUUCUCCCGUAACGUCUUGGCAGAGUCACUUCGGGCUGGUUCCUCGCCUGUUUCGCGCUUCGGUGGGAGGCGAGGGGGUCAGGCUCAGAAAUAGCUUCGAUCCUCUGUCUGUCACAGGCUAUUACAGAAUGACCUUGCACUGAGUCCUUGUGGAAGAAGCAAGAUUUAAGCAUCAAUUCUUCAAUGUGCAUCCUUCUAUUCAAAUUUGACCCCCGGCCAGUUUCAAAAAAUGCAUACAGGCUUAUUCUAGCAGCUAAUAGAGAUGAAUUUUACCACAGACCAUCCAAAUCGGCCGAUUUUUGGGACAGCAGCAAUGAGAUCCUUAGUGGUCUGGAUAUGGAAGAAGGAAAAGAAGGUGGAACGUGGCUGGGAAUCAGUAAGAAAGGCAAGAUGGCAGCACUGACAAACUAUAUGCAGCCAAAGACUGAUAAAAAUGCAAAAGGAAGAGGUGCUCUUGUAACAAACUUCUUGACUGCAGAUCUGGACAGCUACUCUUACUUGAAGAAAGUUUCAGCAGAAGGACAUCUUUACAAUGGAUUUAAUUUAUUAGCAGCUGACUUGAACACCACCAAAGGAGAUGUAAUUUGCUACUAUGGAAACAAAGGAGAACCAGAACCUGUUUUCCUCAAUCCUGGAAUAUAUGGAUUGAGUAAUUCUCUGUUGGAUACUCCAUGGAAGAAACUUCAGUAUGGAAAGCAGCUUUUCACAGAAGUGGUCAAGAGAAGUCAAGAUCUUACAAAAGAAGACUUGGUGCAGGAGCUUCUUACAGUGAUGAAUAAUCAAGAGCCCCAAUUACCAGACCCUGCAAUUGAAGACCAAGGGAAGGAUUAUAUACGUCCCAUAUUGAACCAGUAUGCAGCUGUGUGUGUUCGUUGCCCAGGUUAUGGAACAAGGACUAACACAGUGGUUCUCAUAGAUUCAGAAGGCCAAGUUACUUUCACAGAGCGCAACAUGAUCAAUGAAGAUGUCAACCAGUGGAAAACAAGCACCUAUGAAUUCAAACUGCACACUUAACUUUCCACCUGAGUGGUUUGUAAUAACAGCAAGGAUACAACAAGCCAUUAUGAUCUAGUAAAUGUUUUGUGCUAGCCUCCACCAGCUAAAAAUAGCAAGGAAAGCAAAAGUUUAAAUAAACUGGUAGCAUUCUCUGUCAGGCUCACAAAUCCUGGAGAUAAAAUCAAAAGAAAAACCCCUGGGUUUACAGCAAGUAACAAUCAGAAAUAAAGCUUUUAAUAACACCCUGCACUCAGAACAAAGUGCCCAGGACAAAGUCAUUGCUCUGGUUUGUGUUGUGGUGUUUUGGUUUUUGGGGUGUGUUUUUCUUGUGAGUGGGGUUUUUUUGGCUCUAUAUUUUAAAGAUGUUCUGAGUAGACUAUUCAACAUAUUUUUAGUUCAGGGAAACUUUUGUUGUUCUAGCAGAAGGUUUUACCAAACUUUGCUUUCCCUUCAACAUAUGCUUUUAAGAUUGUGCAGCUGAUGCCAAUGUUUAUUAAAAGAAUGUAGGUGAUCUUGGAAGCAUGAAGUGAUUUAGUUAACAUUUAAACUUUUCAGCAUUGCUGUGGUGCAACGUUCUGCCUGGGGAGGACAGAACACAGGGAUUCUUUACCUUUGGUUUCCUGGAAAUA